ACUCAGUCACCUUUUACACCCACCCCUGCAUCUACCACUGCAUAGAACUAGAGCACAGCCAGACAACAACAUGCGAGUCCUGUAUGUUUUGUUAGGGGUGAUGGUUGUUGGGGCAUGGGCUCAGGUACUGCCUAAGAUCACGGAGCCACCCUGCGACUCCCCCGAGGCUGAGGCAGCUGCUGCAGUCUUCCAGGAUUACAUCAACGCUCAGCGCACCAGUGGAUUCAAGUAUGCCAUGAACCAGAUUGACGAGAUAAAAAUCAAGAUCACGCCAGAUACGGAGAUCUACAAUAUGGAGUUCGACCUGCUGGAGACCAAGUGUCACGUCUUGGACCCAAGGCCAUUGGCUGAUUGCCCAGUCAGGACUAAAGCAGAAGCGGCAGUGGAGGCCGAUUGUGAUGUUGCUCUUACCAAAUCUGGUGGAGUUUUAGUAGUAACAGCACAUAGAUGUGAAUCUGAACCAGAAACAUCAGCUGAGGAUAUCUGUUUAGGCUGCGCUCACCUUUUGCCCCUAAAUGAUACCAACGCUCUUCAAAUGGCCACAGCCUCUCUUGCUGCCUUCAACAACAGAACAGCAAAUGUCACUAUUAGCAAGUAUGCGGUGUUAGAAGUUGGGCGACUGACCGCACAGAUUGUGUCUGGUGCCCUGCAGCUCUUCGCAGAAUAUGCUAUCGUGGAGACAAACUGCACAACCACAGAUGAUGACAACUGUGCCCCCCUGAAUAAAACUCUAGCUACCUAUGGAUUCUGCACCGCUGGAAGUGUCAGUGGAAAUGUCUCAGUUGACUGCCGUAUCUUUACUCCAGAGCCUGCUGUGGAGCCUGCUACAAAUGGUACCGUGCCUCUACUAAUGGUUGACAUGGGACUGCUGUCAGCAGAAUCAGCAGAGUCACUGGAUCCUGUGGUGGCAUCACUCAUCCCCAUAGUGAAGAGACAAGCCCCUGCCGCUGAAACAGUGGCACCUGGUAGUCAGCCAGUCAACCUACCUUUUUGCCCAGGAAAAGUAAAAUACUUCUAAAGAAUUGGUCAAGCCCACCCUCAAUCCAUAACUUUGUCCAUGAUUAAUUCAUACGCUGCUCUAUAAACUGAGAAGUGCUUCACCUGGACUUCAUCUAUGGGCUUGCACUCACUCCUGGUUUAGGACGUAUGCUAUGCAUCCUCUGUGACCAUUAAAUGGUGCUAAUGAAAACAAUUUACUGGAGGACUCUGAGCUGCACUGUAUGAACUUUAAACUGAAUUAAAAUAUUACAACACCUGC